AUGAUCUUUAUGUUCAUAUCUCUCAUGUUUAUGGAAUGGUUUAUCUACUUACAUGACUUGUAUUCGCUUAUUGCCCACCCUCUUUUCCAGUUUAUCUUUGCUACACCAGCCACCACUUGCAUGGCGGCUCAACCACGCGAAGAAGCCCGUGCUACUGAGCCAUGCCACGUGGAGAAUGGCCCAGGUAAGAAGAAGGAGUUGGGAGUGAACCCUAAGGUUAUGAUGGAAAGAUUAGGAACGUUUUGGGAUCCUGAUGAUCAAAGGGAGAGUCUUGAGUUAGAAGAGAUGGUGAAUCUGUUCGUUGGUGAUGAGCGUGAGCCAAGCUUUGAUGAAGUAAAAGAGGCGUUUGGCGUGUAUGAUAAGAACAACGAUGGGUAUAUAGAUGCAAAAGAGCUUCAGAAUGUGCUUUCUAAUAUGGGGUUUUUACACAUAUCUGAAAGCGACUGUGAACGGAUGAUCACUGAAUAUGAUGUUGAUAAAGAUGGUAAGAUUAGCUUUCGGGAAUUUUUGAAAGUCGUGGAAGAUGGCUUUUGUUAG